UGAGUAAAGAUAGAAGAUAGCACAAUUUGAGAGCAAUACUGGAAUUUAUGAUGUCCAUGAAAUGGACCUCAGCUCUGCUGCUGCUACAAAUGAGUUUUUAUUUCAACUCUGGAAGUUGUGGAAAGGUGCUUGUAUGGCCGAUGGACUACAGCCACUGGAUGAAUAUAAAGAAUAUACUAGAGGAACUUAUCCAGAGGAGACAUGAGGUGACAGUUCUGAGACCUUCAAGUUUCAUUUUUGUUGAUAUUAAUUCAUCAUCUGGAAUUAAAUUUGAAACUUUUACUACCUCUGCCAGUAGAGAUGACUGGGAAAAAUAUUUCACUAAGUGGAUCACUACAUGGAUGAAUUUGGGGUCAAUAAGUUCAUGUUUUGCAUAUUUCCCAGAAGUAGAAAAAAUUUUUAAAGAAUUUUCUGAUACUUGGCAAAAUUUAUGUAAAGAAACAGUCUCAAACAAGAUACUUAUGAAUAAACUCCAAGAAUCAAGAUUUGAUGUCCUUCUUGCAGAUCCCAUUGCUCCCUGUGGUGAGCUGGUGGCUGAGCUACUAAAAAUACCUUUUGUGUACACUCUCCGGGCCUCUCCUGGUUUCCAACUGGAAAAAUUUGGAGGAGGCCUUAUACUUCCUCCUUCUUAUGUACCUGUUGUAAUGUCAGGACUAGGUGGUCAAAUGACUUUCAUGGAAAGGGUAAAAAACAUGAUAUGUAUGCUUUAUUUUGACUUUUGGGUUGAAAUGCUUAAUGAGAAAAAGUGGAAUCAGCUUUACAGUGAAGUUUUAGGAAAACGCACUACAAUAUAUGACACAACUGCAAAGGCAGAAAUGUGGCUCAUUCGAAGCUACUGGGAUUUGGAAUUCCCUCACCCUAGUUUACCAAAUUUUGAUUUUGUUGGAGGACUCCAUUGCAAACCUGCCAAACCUCUACCUAAGGAAAUGGAAGACUUUGUGCAGAGCUCUGGAGAACAUGGUGUCGUGGUGUUUUCUCUGGGGUCCAUGGUCAGCAACAUGACAACAGAAAGGGCCAAUAUGAUUGCCUCAGCCCUUGCACAGAUUCCACAAAAGGUUCUUUGGAGAUUUGAUGGCAAGAAACCAGAUACCUUAGGACCCAACACUCGGUUGUACAAGUGGCUCCCUCAAAAUGAUCUACUUGGUCAUCCAAACACCAGAGCUUUUGUCACUCACGGUGGAGCCAAUGGUAUUUAUGAGGCAAUCUACCACGGAAUCCCUAUGGUGGGCAUUCCUUUGUUUGCAGAACAACAUGAUAACAUUGCUCACAUGAAGGCUAAAGGAGCAGCUGUUAAAGUGGAAUUCAUAACAUUAUCAAGUACAGAAUUGCUAAAUGCACUGGACACAGUCCUUAACAACACUUCCUAUAAGGAGAAUGCUAUGUGGUUGUCCACCAUUCACCAUGAUCAGCCAGUGAAGCCCUUGGACCGAGCAGUCUUCUGGAUUGAGUUUGUCAUGCGCCACAAAGGGGCCAAGCACUUGCGGCCACUUGCCCAAAACCUCACCUGGUACCAGUACCACUCACUGGAUGUGAUUGGGUUCCUACUGGCUUGUGUGGCAACCGUUACUUUCCUUGUCAUAAAAAGCUGCUUGUUUUGUUCUCAAAAGUUUGUGAAGAAGGGAAAGAAGCAAAAGAGAGAGUAGAUCUCCUUUGGGUUUAAUGCAUUAGAAAUGAGACCAUUUCAUUUACAUUAACUACCAUGGAUCAAAACACAACAAAGAUGAUCCUCCAUGAUUUACAACACCUUUGCCUUUUUGAUUUACCUAUAUAGUGUAAUCUUGUUUAAGGAAUAUGUAAUUCUGAUUUCAGAGUUCCUAUAUUAAUUCUAUUUUACUGUUCACUUGUACUUUACCAUAGAUAUUUUUAAAAAUGAAACUCACUUAAACCUCAUAUGGGAAAACUUCCCAGGAGUGAUUGAUUAAACUGAGGGACAAAAUGGCAUAGUAUCUGUGGUAAGUGAACAGUUAAAAUAUGAGGCAAAAUUACCCCUAAUAACUACAUGGAUAGGCAAAAGACACACAGUUUGGGUGAGAUGACACAAUUUAACAGUGUGAUGAAAAGGACACAGGCUCUGUGAGGAAUGAAUUGUUAAAUUUGGCAAAAUCACACAGGCUGUGUGAGAGUCAAAUGGGUAAACAACAAGAAGUUUAGAUUUGUAAAGUAUAUUAUGUCUGGAUAUGUCCUUCCCACUUCCCCAAGAAAAAGUGCUUAGCCUUGAGACAGCUCCUGGCCCAAACUGCUUUUCUUCUACUUUUUUCUCUAAUAUUGAUAUUCUAAAUAAAACCCAGAGAGAUCUUGGUUUAGUGGAUUUGGGUGCUUGCAGUGCAGAAACAGCUCCUCUGACCCUCUCAGUAGAUUGAACUUAGUCUCAUCUGUAGGUAAUCUUUUCAUCCUUCAUGCCACCAAAGGUCACACAUGGCCACAAACUCUGUUGAUUUAUGAAAAGCAUUAUUGUAUCAUAUUUUCAGAGACAUUUUUCUAUUCAAAUAAAAUGUAGUCCUCUUGA